CGCGCUGCGGCCGCUCUGGCUGCUUUGCUGCUGUUUCGGCGGCGGCGGCCGCUCCGCGGACGCCCGCGCCACCUUCACGGCGACAGAGCCGCGGAGCCGCGAGCGACAGGCAUCCGCCUUCCGGUAGAGGCCUUCUCAACAGCUGCACUGUUGACAUUUUGGAACGGAUGAUUAUUUGUUGUGGGGAGUUGUCCUGGGCCUUGCGGUGUGAUUAGCAGUGUCCUUGGCCUUUACCCACUAUGGGCCAGUAGUGACUAUCAAAAAUGUCUCCAGACAAUGCCAAAAAUCCUCGGGAGAGAAGAGGAGGAAGGAGGAGAUUGCCUCGGCUGAGAUUCACUGAUGAAAGCCUUAAUAGACAUCAAUACUUGAAUUCUGUAUUCCCUCGUGAAAACUCCAGUGCUGUCUAUGGAAUAAAUCAAUUUUCUUAUUUGUUUCCAGAAGAGUUUAAAGCUAUUUAUUUGAGAAGCAAAUCUUCCAGAUUGCCCAGAUACCCAGCAGAGGUGCAAACAUCCGUACCCAAUGUGUCUUUACCAUUAAGAUUUGACUGGCGGGACAAGCGUGUUGUAACCCAAGUGAGGAACCAGCAGACUUGUGGAGGAUGCUGGGCCUUCAGUGUGGUGAGUGCUGUGGAAUCUGCAUAUGCAAUAAAAGGGAAGCCUCUGGAAGACCUAAGUGUACAGCAGGUCAUUGACUGUUCAUAUAAUAAUUACGGCUGCCGGGGAGGUUCCACUCUCAAUGCUUUGAACUGGUUGAAUAAGACGCAAGUAAAACUGGUGAGAGAUUCAGAGUACCCAUUUAAAGCACAGAAUGGUCUGUGCCAUUACUUUUCUGAUUCGCAGUCUGGAUUCUCCAUCAAAGGUUAUUCUGCAUAUGACUUCAGUGACCAAGAAGAUGAAAUGGCAGAAGCACUUCUUACCUUUGGCCCUUUGGUAGUGGUAGUAGAUGCAGUGAGCUGGCAAGACUAUUUGGGAGGAAUAAUACAGCACCAUUGCUCUAGUGGAGAAGCAAAUCAUGCAGUUCUCAUAACUGGGUUUGAUAAAAUAGGAAGUACUCCAUAUUGGAUUGUGCGGAACUCAUGGGGAAGUUCAUGGGGAGUAGAUGGCUAUGCCCAUGUUAAAAUGGGAAGCAAUAUUUGUGGUAUCGCAGAUUCUGUUUCUGCUGUAUUUGUGUGAUAUGUUGGGCAGAUCAAGGGACAACGACAAAAAUGAAGGUUCAUAAUGAGAUGUAGCAAAGAACUCCAUUCUCAGCGUUGUUCACCUUUAGGCCACCAGCUCCAUGGCCAGGGAGAGAUCUGUGGAACAGUUUCUUAACUCUGGGCUGAAGGUCACUUUAAGAAUCUCUUCAAAUUGAAGAGGCUUUUAUCUGGUUUGAUUGUUGUUUUUGUUUGCUUGUCUUUAAUGAUAUACUUCUAGUAGGAUUAAAGAGGGGAUGAGAAUUUCUUUUCCUCUGUAGAAUGUAAUCACCGGCCUUAGCUUACACUUACAUACAAGAAUAGUCAGCCUAAAAUGAGAUGUGCUUCUCACAAUUAUAUUCACAGCCCUCGGAGAUGGAAUUUCUUAAGGAUUUUGAAAUUCCAGUUGCUUUAUCUCCACAAAAGAUGCUUACCCUUCAAACAGUAGAAAGGUCAUAUAGAAAGAAACAAAAGGACAAAACCACUUUUUAAGAGAAAUCGGUUGAAAUUAAAGGACCAAUAUGGCAACUGGGUGGUAGGAAAAACUCCAGUAGCAUUGCCUGAGAGACAAAUUACUGAUUGGGAAUUUUCACUGUCAAUAGGCUCCCAGUAGGGUGUUAUUUCUUCCUUUGUUCUCCCUAUACUGAGGAGCAAUGCAUUCUCCCACUCUCUUUCUCUUGUUCUUUGCUGUGAUGCUCCUAAAUGUUCUGGGUGGUUUGGCUUCCCUGGCUAAAGAAGUCUCAGUUUUUACUUCCCAUUUCUAUUUUAUAACCAUUUAUUUGGCUCCAUUUGCCUCUAAACAUUUACCAAAUCAGGAUCUUACCUUUCUGUUCCUCCCCUCAUUCCUAGGCACCAGCUCUUUCAAAGCCCAAUCCUAUCGAUCUGGGCUAUCAGCCAAACUGACUUUCCCAGGCUGUCUGUUUUCCCAUUUUUCUGCUUACUUUCCCCAGACUCCCAUACUAACCACGUUUUUUUUUUUGCAUCCCUUUGGCUUCCACCUGUUCUGCUUCUUGAUGCCAGUGUUUUCUCUUGCAAAAGUCAUUAUGUGUGGGUGUAUAGCGGUGUAAGAACCUCAGAGCAGAAGAGCUGAUCUUCUCAUUAAGUGUAAGUGCAAUAAAUACAAGUAUUCAGUGGAUUAAUAUAAGAAAAGCAUAUCAAAUAUUGCAUAUGUAAACAUUUCUUCUCUGAAACUUAUGGUUGCUUUCUAAUGUAGAAUAUCUUAACAAAACCAAAAUUUUAAAUGUAACAGCAACCACUAAAGAAAUUGAGGCCAUCCCAUUUUGCCUCUCACUUUUGACUUUUAUUUAUCCAUCCCCUUUAUCAGAAAGGGAAAAAUGAAAAUCAAAAGCAAAACACUGUAUUUCUUUGUUUUACACCAACCAGAAGCAAUCUCAAAAGAAUACGUGUUGACUCAGGUUUAGAAAUGUUCCAGGAAGAAAAAUAUUGAUAUUCUGAUUAAUAUUUUAUUAUUCCAAAUAUGUCAGAAGGGAACUGUGUGCUGGUCGUUCUAGCUUGUAUUUAUCUACUGAUUUCUAUACAAUAUAAGUGCUUUUCUGAUACUCUUUUUCAAAUGUUAAAGACUGUUUUAAAUUAAAAAUGAUUAAUACCUCUCAGCUGUUCUGAAUUUUGACGACAUCUAUAAUAAAACAACCUAUGUUUGACUUUGA